AUGGACACACAAGCAGGAAUAUCUCAGAAGGACAUGUAAUGUUAUCCCCGGAUUGUGAAAUAAGAGAUAUUGACAGUAGACAGGAAUCUCCAGGAGAAAAGCCCAUUACUCCAAUUAUACAUCCAGCUCUAUCAGCUGAUCCCUCUGAUCCUGGGAAAUGUUCUCCUAAUCACUCUGAUAUUGGUGCAUCUGUUAUAGCUCUGACAGAUACAGUGUUUCCAUGUUCUAUAGAUACCAAAUGUUUUACACAGAACACAAAGUGUAUUAACCCACACACAGGUAAGGCAGGUGAAAGGCCAGUAUGUCCGGAGUGUGAGAAAUGUUUUACAUACAAAUCAGAUCUUGUUAUACAUCAGAGAAGUCACACAGGUGAGAAGCCAUUUCCAUGUUCUGAGUGUGGGAAAUGUUUUGCACGGAAAUCACGUCUUGUUAGACAUCAGAGAAGUCACACAGGUGAGAAGCCAUUUCCAUGUUCUGAGUGUGGGAAAUGUUUUACACAGAAUUCACAACUUGUUGCACAUCAGAGAAGUCACACAGGUGAGAAGCCAUUUCCAUGUUCUGAGUGUGGGAAAUGUUUUGCACAUAAAUCAGUUCUUGUUAAACAUAACAGAAGUCACACAGGUGAGAAGCCAUAUUCAUGUUCUGAGUGUGGGAAAUGUUUUGCAUACAAAUCAGCUCUUGUUAAACAUAACAGAAGUCACACAGGUGAGAAGCCAUUUCCAUGUUCUGAAUGUGGGAAAUGUUUUGCACACAAAUCAGAUCUUGUUAUACAUCACAGAAGUCACACAGGUGAGAAGCUGUUUUCUUGCUCUGAAUGCGGGAAAUGUUGUGCAAGUAAAUCACAUCUUGUUAGACAUCACAGAAGUCACACAGGUGAGAAGCCAUUUUCUUGCUCUGAGUGCGGGAAAUGUUUUACACAAAAAUCACAUCUUGUUACACAUCAGAAAAGUCACACAGGUGAGAAGCCAUUUCCAUGUUCUGAGUGUGGGAAAUGUUUUGCACAAAAAUUACAUCUUGUUAGACAUCACAGAAGUCACACAGGUAAGAAACCAUUUUCUUGCUCUGAGUGUGGGAAAUGUUUUACACGGAAAUCACAUCUUGUUACACAUCAGCAAAGUCACAAAGGUGAGAAGCCGUUUUCUUGCUCUGAGUGUGGGAAAUCUUAUUUAACUAAAUCACAUCUUGUUAUACAUAACAAAAGUCACACAGGUGAGAAGGCAUUUCCAUGUUCUGAGUUUGGGAAAUGUUUUGCACGGAAAUCAGAUCUUGUUAUACAUCACAGAAGUCACACAGGUGAGAAGCCAUUUUCUUGCUCUGAGUGCGGAAAGUGUGUUACACGGAAAACACAUCUUGUUACACAUGAGAGAAGUCACACACGUGAGAAGGUAUUUUCUUGCUCUGAGUGCGCGAAAAGUUUUACCUGGAAAUCCCACUUUGUUAUACAUCAGAGAAGUCACACAAGUGAGAAGCCAUUUUCUUGCACUAAGUGUGGGAAAUGUUUUACACGGAAAUCAAAUCUUGUUACACAUUACAGAAGUCACACAGGUGAGAAGGCAUUUCCAUGUUCUGAGUGUGGGAAAUGUUUUGCACACAAAACAGAUCUUGUUUUACAUCACAGAAGUCACACAGACAAGAAGCCAUUUUCUUGCACUAAGUGUGGGAAAUGUUUUGCACACAAAUCAGUUCUUGUUAGACAUAACAGAAGUCACACAGAUGAGAAGACAUUUCCAUGUUCUGAGUGCGGGAAAUGUUUUACACGGAAAUCACAUCUUCUUAGACAUCAGCGAACUCACACAGGUGAGAGGCCAUUUAUAUACUCUGAGAAAUAAAUCAGCUCUUGUUGCACAAAUUAGACAUCACUCAGGUGAGGAACCAUUUUAAUCUUCUGGAGUAUACUCAUCAUUGCCAUGCAUUGUUCUUCAAGGUUCUUAUCCUAUCUCCUAUGCUUUUUGCAAUAUACAUGCUACCACUGGGUAUAAUAAUCAGAUGUCAUGCCCUCAUCUACCACUGCUAUACAGAUGACCUGUCUUUUUCUCCAGGUACUGAGAACCCAGUAGCAAUCCUAAAUGGUUGUCUAGCUGAGCUCCAGGUGUGGGUGAUGCCAGUUGGCUGUGACUCAGUACUGGUGAAACAUGUCCUUAUGAUAGGAGCUCACCAACAAAGGGCAGGGCUACAGCUCAGCUUUGUAAACCAACCAGACUUACACUUGGGGGUUCAGAGUUACAAAAUGCUGAUCAUGUGCGGAAUCUUGGUGUCAUGGAUGGUGGAGUGACACACAUCAGGUAUCAGCCACAAUCAGAUCCUCAUCUGAGGAACAUAGCCAGACUCCAGCACUUUCUUCCCUCAGAAGAUCUACCUACAGUCAUACAUGCACUUGUAUCAUCACACAUAGACUACUGCAAUGUCCUCUACCUGGGUCUCCCAGCAAAAGAAUUGCACCGCUUGUAGCUUGUUACCUAACCAGCCCGUUCCUGCCACAUAACACCCAUUCUCUUCUCCCUUCACCAGCUGCCUGUAAAAUGGUGACUCUUACAUAAUCUUACUGACUCUCCCAGCUGUACAUGACCAGGGUCCAUGGUACCAGAAGCAGCUUCUGCCUCCUUACUGCCCUGGUUUCUUACUUCCAUCUGGAGAUGAAGGACUGUUACCAGCAGUACCAAGAAUCCCCAAGCAGUGCUGAAAUGUCAGAGGGGCUGACAGGGUGGUGGCACUAGUGCUGUAGCAGGAGCUGCCUGAGGCACUGUCUAUGGGAAAUAUUGUCCCCAAGCAGCGCUGAGGUGUCAGAGGGAGACAGGGCAAGUGCAGUUGUGGGGGGGGGGACAGAGCAGUGGCAGUAGUGGGGGGAGACAGGGUAGUGGCAGCAGUGCAGUGAGGUGAGGCAGAGCCUUUCCUGUUAUACUAAUGUUUGUGCAAGAGUUUUUACUGUAUACGAAAAAUACAAAGACUGUUAUAAAUAUCUUCUUUGCAUUAUUCUAUUCAUGUUUAUAACCAAAACUCCGGAGUAAAUAGUCUAUGGCAGGGGAGGCAGUGCCUCACCUGUGUAUCUUUUCCGCACAUCUCUUUUCAAAAGUCACCAAAUUUCCAGGAGUUUAUACUGCUGCACCUGUGUAUAAUGUCCAGAUGUAUAUACUGCUGCACCUGUGUAUAAUGUCCAGAUGUAUAUACUGCUGCACCUGUAUAAUGCCCACAUGUACACUUUGGCUCAUAUGUUGUGUGUAAAUCUGGCUCUAGCCAGUACCUCCUGAGCCAUUUAGAUCACUGCACGUCCCUG